GGCGGGGCGGGCGCGCGCGGCGCUGAGGGAGCUCGCGGCGGGACGGCCAGCGGCGGGACGGCCAGCGACGGUCGGCGAGGCGCGCUCGGGGCGAGCAGGCGGCGCCGAGGCUGCGGGUCGCCGUCCGCUCGGACACCUGUCGUCCCCGUGGGAAGGGGCUCCCGCUAGAAGUCGUCUUCUACCUCAGGAUGGGACCCUGGCUCCUUCCCGACUUCCUGUGAGCAAGCAGGGAACCGAGGUCUCUGUGGGGAUGCCUGUAAGCCAGCAGAAGCCGGACUCUUCGGAGAUGGACUCUGACAUGUCGCCCAGCUGCGGGCUCAGCGACUUGAGCAGAGGGGGCAGUCUGGAGAGCCGGAGCAGCAGUUCCCGGUCCCGAAGUUUCACUCUGGAUGACGAGAGCCUCAGGUACCUCACACACGAGGAAAAGGAUGUCAUCCUGUUUUUUGAGGAGACUCUGGAUUCCUUGGAAGAUGACUUUGAGGAGCCGGUCCAGUGUGACAGCGGGAUCCACUGCCACUCCCCACAGUCCCUGGAGGAGAGCGCUUCCAGUCACUCUGAGCCUGAAGAUGUCAUCGAUCUGGUGCAGCCAGGACCUUCGGCUGGGGAAGCGGAGCGCCCUGCGGCCGUGACCCAGCCAGCAGGGGCUGCACCUGUCGGGAAGGAAGACGCGCCCAUCCUUGAGUGCGAGAAACCAGAGGCCGAGAGUUCCCAGCCGCCGGACCCCACAGAGCUGGGCGCCCUUCCUCCGCCAGCUUCCCCACCCAGCACCUUGGCCCCGGGCCCCCCCAGGAAAGAGCCGCUCUCCCCUCCUCCAGCAGAGCACCCCAAACUGUCCCGCUCCAUCCCCACUCCUCUGGUCCUCGCCCAGAGGAUUUCCGAGAAGUUGGUAGGAGGCGAGGCGCUGUCGCCCACGUCCCCCUUGAAGGAGGGCAGGCCCGGAGAAGGGAGGACGCCCGGGGAGCCCUCGCCAUGGCACAGACACCCCGCGCAGCCUGCACCCAAGGUGCACCGCUUCCCCAGCAACAUCAGCGUGACCAACAGUGCGGGGAAGGAAUUCAACAAGACCAUCUCCAAGGCUGCCGUCAACGUGCAGGAGCGCAGAGCGCAGGUCCUGGCCAACAUCAACGGCGUCUCCUUCCUCACCGCAGCGGCCGGCAGGGAGGACGCGGCCCCCAAGAAUGACCUCGAGCAGAGGAGAGGCCCCCCUCCGGGUCAGGCGACCCAGGAGCAGAGCGGGGGUGGCCCAGCCAAGGACGCCAACGGCCCACAGGCAGCACAGGCCAGCCGCCAGCACUCCCGAGGCGUGCAGACCGAGCGGUGCCCAGCGCUGGCCAACGGCUUCCAGAGCAUCCACGACGUCCUGCAGAGCGAGCCCAGCCCCUUCGUGUCCACCGGCAAGACGGUCACCAUCCGUCCGGACCCAGCUCUUCCCGGUAAACUGGCACGCCAGAGCGCCAGCAAGAGCUGCUGCGACGGUGGGCCGCCGCCCAGGAGGCGAACGGGCUCUCUCCCGAGGGCGGCCGGCUUCAGACCCCAGGGCAUCACCGUGCAAUUCUCUGGCCGAGGCUCCACCGAGGAGGCUCGCCGGGAGGCCCUGCGGAAGCUUGGGCUCCUGAAAGAGAACUUGUGACAGAGACCGGCCAGCCGUGGCCUGCGGAGUGGCCAGAGCGGACCGUGUUCCCCUCCCCCGCUGGGUUUGUUCCAUCCUGCAGAGCCAGGAGCUCCCGGCCUAAAGAGCAGCUGUGGCUCCUGCUGCGCCUGCCCUGCAGAGAGUCUGGGACUGAGGCCACGGGCUGGGGGUGGGGCAGGGGAAGAGCGGAGCACUGCCCACUCCCCACUGCCGUCCCACCGCUUCUGUACAGGGCAGACCCUGGGCCCAGGUCUCCCAGGACCUCCGGGGAUCAGCUCCCAGGGUUUCCAGAUGCCAUGUGCUUUGCGAGCUGGGGAGGGGGCACAUGUGACUUGUGACCCUGGCACAGGCAGAGGACGUGGAAGCCAGGUCAGAGCUCUUCUCAGGACCCCCCCCCACACACACACACACUUCCCUAGAGAAUUAAAAAUGCUUAGGGUGCUUUCUCCCUCUGUUUCUGAAGGGUGAAAGGUGGUACUUCGGCUCUAGCUGUGCUCUCAUUUCUUGAUAUAACUUAGCUUCCCCAGGGUUUUCACUGGAAAUAAAAUGAGACCUCUGGGUUAUGGUCGACUGCA